GUUCAGUACAGUUGGCAAAGGUGUAAGUCCACGAUAUCCAAGUGACGUGUCUCGAUCUCGGCUGUGUGAAAUAACGACAAUUAGAAAAACCGCCUGGGCGGUGAUAAAUGUUUAAUCUUUACGGUUUUUUUCGGUUGAAAAUACGAGAGAAAUAUGUUGACAAAGUUCGAGACCAAAUCAGCGAGGGUCAAGGGACUCUCCUUCCAUCCGAAACGUCCAUGGGUACUUGCCAGUUUACACAAUGGAGUCAUCCAACUCUGGGACUAUCGGAUGUGCACGCUGCUGGACAAGUUUGACGAGCACGAUGGACCAGUACGGGGAAUAUGUUUCCACAACCAGCAGCCGUUGUUCGUCUCCGGUGGGGAUGAUUACAAGAUAAAAGUAUGGAAUUACAAGCAGAGAAGAUGCAUUUUCACGCUUCUCGGUCAUUUGGAUUACAUAAGAACGACGAUGUUCCAUCACGAGUAUCCCUGGAUACUGAGUGCAUCGGACGACCAAACUAUAAGAAUUUGGAACUGGCAGAGUCGAACUUGCAUUUGUGUUUUAACGGGUCACAAUCACUACGUCAUGUGCGCACAGUUCCAUCCGUCAGAAGACAUGAUCGUAUCAGCAUCGCUCGAUCAAACAGUUCGAGUCUGGGACAUUUCUGGUUUGAGAAAGAAAAACGUUGCCCCUGGGCCCGGAGGCUUGGAAGACCAUCUCAAAAAUCCUGGAGCAACGGAUCUUUUUGGACAGGCCGACGCUGUUGUGAGGCACGUUCUCGAAGGCCACGAUCGUGGAGUCAAUUGGGCCUGUUUCAAUCCCAGCAUGCCUUUGAUCGUUUCUGGUGCAGACGAUCGUCAAAUUAAAAUGUGGAGGAUGAACGACCUCAAGGCCUGGGAGGUCGACACCUGUCGAGGACACUACAACAAUGUUUCCUGCGUUCUUUUCCACCCGAGACAAGAUCUCAUUCUCUCUAACUCGGAGGACAAAAGUAUUCGCGUCUGGGACAUGGCGAAACGCACGUGUCUCAAUACUUUCAGGAGAGAACACGAGAGAUUUUGGGUCCUCGCCGCCCAUCCGACGCUGAACCUCUUCGCAGCUGGCCAUGAUUCCGGAAUGAUCAUCUUCAAACUGGAAAGGGAACGUCCCGCUUAUGCUGUUCAUGGAAACCUUUUGUAUUACGUCAAAGACAGAUCUUUGAGGAAAUUGGACAUCACCACGUCGACGGAUACCUCCGUUAUGCAGAUUCGCGGCGGUGGGAAAACUCCUGCCUACAGCAUGUCGUACAAUCAAGCCGAAAAUGCUGUUCUCAUCUGCACCAGAUCUGCUGCUAACAUCGAAAAUAGCACUUACGACCUUUACAUGAUCCCACGCGAAGGCGACACCAACACCGAUCCCGAAACUAAGAGGGGAUCGGGCGUCACUGCUAUUUGGGUCGCUAGGAAUCGUUUCGCUGUUUUGGACCGAGCUUACUGCCUGGUGAUAAAAAAUCUGAAGAACGAGGUCACGAAAAAGGUGCAAAUCCCGAACUGCGAUGAGAUCUUCUACGCAGGAACAGGAAUGCUUCUCUUGCGUGACAACGAUCAAGUUAUACUUUUCGACGUCCAGCAAAAGCGAACCCUAGCUGAAGUCAAAAUCUCGAAAUGUCGCUACGUCGUUUGGUCCAGCGACAUGUCGCACGUUGCGCUUCUGGGAAAACACGUCGUCAACAUUUGCAAUCGUAAGCUCGAGUCGUUGUGCACGAUUUGCGAAAAUACGAGGGUCAAAUCCGGGGCCUGGGACGAUUCGGGAGUUUUCAUUUACACGACGAGUAAUCACAUUAAAUACGCUAUCACAACCGGAGAUCAUGGAAUCAUCAGGACCCUCGACCUCCCUAUUUACGUUACGAGGGUCAAGGGCAACCACGUUUAUUGCUUGGAUCGCGAGCCCAGGUCGAGGAUGCUGAAAAUCGAUCCCACUGAAUACAAAUUCAAACUCGCUCUCAUAAACCGGAAGUACGAAGAAGUUUUGCACAUGGUUCGCACCGCGAAUUUGGUUGGACAGUCGAUCAUCGCGUACCUGCAACAAAAAGGUUACCCCGAAGUCGCGUUGCACUUCGUCAAAGAUGAGAAAACCAGAUUCGGCCUCGCUCUCGAAUGCGGAAACAUCGAAGUCGCUCUCGAAGCCGCAAAAACUCUCGAUCACAAAGCCUGCUGGGAAAAUCUUGCGCAAGCUGCCCUCCUCCAGGGAAAUCAUCAAGUUGUCGAAAUGUGCUAUCAGAGAACGAAGAAUUUCGAGAAACUCGCGUUCUUGUACCUCAUUACUGGAAAUCUUGAUAAAUUGAAAAAAAUGACGAAAAUCGCUGAGAUUAGAAAAGACGUUUCUGGACAAUAUCAAGGAAGUUUGCUUCUCGGGGAUAUUUACGAACGUGCCAAAAUCCUCAGGAACUCCGGACAAAAUUCCCUGGCGUACGUAACCGAAAAGAUCCAUGGAAUCGCGACCGAGGAGGACGACGCACAGAUCGAAACGAUGAAGGAAGAAUUGGGAAAUUUGGAGGAGGGAGCGCUAUAUUUGCGGCCCCCGGUUCCGGUCCAGCAGGCCGAGAACAAUUGGCCACUACUGACAGUAUCGAAGGGAUUCUUCGAGGGAGCGAUGAUGUCGCGCGGAAAGAGUCAAGUAGCAGCAGCUUUGGCUAUCGAGGAAGAUUCGACGGCAGUGGAAGGUUGGGGUGCGGACGACGAGUUGGGAAUCGACGACGAGGAUGGAGUCGAGAGUGGGGAGCCAGGCGCCGAAGGCGAAGACGGUGCCGGUUGGGAAGUCGAGGACGUGGACCUCCCGCCCGAGCUCGAGACUUCGGUCCCAACUGCCGAGGACGGUUAUUACUCGGCGCCGACGAAGGGCGUUCCAACGUCCCAGCACUGGGUCAACAAUUCCCAGCUCGCGGUCGACCACAUUCUCGCCGGAUCCUUCGAGUCCGCGUUCCGUUUGCUAAACGAUCAAGUCGGCGUCACCGAGUUCGAAGUUUAUCAAACUCAUUUCCUGAACACUUUCUCACGAGCUCGCACGAGCUACGCUUCCCUUCCGAGUAUUCCAUCCCUCUAUGCUUAUCCUCAGAGGAAUUGGAAGGAUGCGACUCCUAAAACCGGGCUCCCCGCCGUGGGUCUGCAUCUCGUCGAACUCGUCCAAAGACUGCAAGUCUGUUACCAACUGACCACAGGAGGAAAGUUCCUCGAAGCGAUCGAAAAGCUCCAGGCGAUACUUCUCAGCGUUCCUCUCCUCGUCGUCGACACCAGACAAGACAUCGCCGAAGCUCAGCAACUCAUCGAAAUCUGCAGGGAAUAUAUCCUCGGUCUGAAAAUGGAAACUGAGAGAAAGAACUCUCCCAAAGGAACUCUCGCUGAACAAAAACGCGUUUGCGAAAUGGCCGCCUACUUCACACAUUGCAACCUACAACCCGUUCAUCAAAUAUUGACUCUACGGACUGCUGUUAAUAUGUUCUUCAAACUCAAGAAUUACAAAACUACCGCUUCGUUUGCUCGGAAACUCUUGGAACUUGGACCUCGAGCCGAAAUCGCACAACAAGUCCGCAAAAUCUUACAAGCCUGCGAUAAGAAUCCGGUAGACGAGCAUCAACUGGCGUACGACGAGCACAAUCCUUUCUCGCUGUGCGCAACGACGUACACGCCUAUUUAUCGUGGAAAGCCGGAAGUCAAGUGUCCUUUGUGCGGCGCGAGUUAUCAUCCUCAGUAUAAAGAUACAGUAUGCAAAGUGUGCGAAGUUUCCCAGGUUGGCAAAGAGUGCAUUGGACUUAGGAUAAGUUCGUUACAAUUCCGAUAAAUUUCACAAUAAUAUACAAUAUUAUUAAUAGUUAUAAAUGAUUAUUAAUGCGAUAAGAAAUGCGACUAUUAUUGUUCAGUCAAUGAGCUGUCAAGUAUCGUUGUUGGCUAAAAAUAUCACAAGAUUUUAAACACCACACUUAGAAUGCGUCCAGCAUAAUAAAGUUUGUAAAAAAGUGCAUUUUUGGCUGAAUAAUAAGAGCCUUUUUUGGGAUAUACGAUCGUCGUUUUAAUUUUUAUAGAAACUAUGCUGAAAUAUCAAAAAAUCGAGAAAUAAAAGUGCUUUCGUAAACGAA